AGGUAGCAUGAUUACAUAUAGGUUUCACUUUCCGCUUCUCAUUGAAUGUGGAUUGGCUUAGGCAUUAACAAGAAACCAAGAUUUUCAGUCGAUUUGGAUGUUGAAUUGUUACAGUGAUGGGAGAGUAGAGCUGAUUGGAACGAUCAUGUGGUGGGGCUUUUAGGCGUGCUGCUGCUACAUCACCACGUAUCCAAACAAGUUGAGUAACGCUGGCACCAUGAAUGUUAAAGAUGUAGUAUUGAUAGCUAUCAUUUGCUAUUGUAUUAUAGGGAGGACCAGUUCGGGUGAGUUCGAGAGUACUAUCCCUGAACGAAACAUAGAACUUGAGAAUAAGACGAGGGAAUUGUUUAACCAUCUUUUGGAAGGAUACGACCGUAAAAUACGGCCUUUCUUUGGCACUGGUCGUCCCGUCAACGUGACUAUAGACAUUUAUCUGGCAAGUUUCGACAACAUACAUGAAGAACUAAUGGAAUACGGUGUCACGAUCUACCUCCGGCAGCGUUGGUGUGAUCCGCGCCUGCGCCACUCUAAAGAUAUCCCUCUACCACCUACGUCUCAUUACGUUUCUCAUCUAUGGCUACCGGACCUGAUCUUCAGUAACGCCAAGAUUGCCGAAUUCAAAGAUGUGACAUUUAUGAAUCGAAUCGUAGAUAUAGACCACGAUGGGACUGUGCUCUAUGUCUCUAGAAUUGGUUUGCAGCUGUCGUGUUCCAUGGACUUCCAUCGCUUUCCAUUAGAUGGCCAAGCGUGUGAGAUAGAAAUGGAGAGCUUUGAAUACACAGACUCUGAUCUGACCUACCGAUGGGACAUGCAGAUGCCGAUUGAGUACCACGCAAACCAUUUGAAACUACCGCAGUACGAUCUCAAAGGAGGCAACAUACACAACUGCUCAAGGACACUCCGUACAGGAAAUUUCUCUUGUAUUGGCAUUAAACUAAUCUUCGGACGUAAAAUUGGCUACUACAUCCUGCAGACUUACAUUCCGAGUAUUCUGAUGGUUAUUAUGUCAUGGGUAUCUUUCUGGAUUGAGAUUAAGGGGUCCCCGGCCCGAGUGGCUCUGGGCGUGACAACUGUGCUCACCAUGAUAACCACAACCAAUGGAGCUCGGCAAAAUCUACCCCCAGUUUCUUACGUCAAGGCGAUCGAUGUAUGGUUCUCCGUCUGUCUCAUGUUCGUCAUAGGAGCCCUGCUAGAGUUCGCCUUAGUUCACUUCAUCGCCAGUCAUAAACCAAUCAAAUGCAACAUCAAACAAAGACUCAGUUCAUAUAAGCGAAGACAGACAAAAGAUGUUGUUCCACCACCUCCUCAAGAUGCACAACCAAAUUCAACACAUAAAAAGAAGAGCUGCGUCGUCCUUACCAUUGAGGAAAAAGUAACUCGUGGCAAACGGACCCUCAAUGAAAUGACGUCACAUGACGGACAUAAUGACUCCAUUAUGGCGGAUGCAAAGACAGGUGCGCAGAGAGGAGAAGAAGAUGAAGACAAAGGGGUGUAUGUGAACCACGCCCUUUUUGAGAUGGAUUCAAUGGGCGAUCAGCGCCAGGUCACAGUUAACGGCGAGCCUCUUGGUGGUGCAUCACGGGUACUUAGUGUAAGCGGUAAUUGCACCGCGGAUGCCAGGAACUUAAAGCCUUACGGGGAGAUAGGCCGCAAGAUUGACAAAUUCUGUAGGUGGGCAUUCCCGCUCGCCUUUGUUAUUUUCAAUUUUGGGUACUGGAUUGGCUACUCGCAAGAAAUAACAAUACCUGACUACCCUCCCCAGGAAAACGACGAAUUCUAAACUUUAAGAACAGUUUUCGAGGCCAAUACAUUAAGCAAUGUUUUUUUGAAACUGAUUAUUAACUCCUGAGAAUAAUUACCAGGAAAUUAUACAAUUUGUACCGUUUGUGGAGUAAACGGCUAGCGAUGUGGCGGUUACAUCACCGAUUAAAGAGAGCGAGCUUAACAUUUUA